UGCCGCCCCGCAGGCUUCAACGUGGAGACGGUGGAGUACAAGAACAUCUGCUUCACCGUGUGGGACGUGGGCGGCCAGGACAAGAUCCGGCCCCUGUGGAGACACUACUUCCAGAACACGCAGCUGCAGGAGGACGAGCUGCGGGACGCCGUGCUGCUCGUGUUCGCCAACAAGCAGGACAUGCCCAACGCCAUGGCCGUGAGCGAGCUCACCGACAAGCUGGGGCUGCAGACGCUGCGCAGCAGGACCUGGUACGUGCAGGCCACCUGCGCCACCCAGGGCACGGGCCUCUACGACGGGCUGGACUGGCUAUCGCACGAGCUCUCCAAGCGCUAGACGCGGCCGGUGACGCAGGCACCGGACGAGCCGGGGACGUCUCU